AUGGCUUCUCAGAAGAAAGAAAAUAGAUUAUUCAAUUUAACUCCUAAUAAGUCAUAGCAACUUCAGCAAUCCACAUUCUUUUAGAAAGGUUUUGUUAGUUCUAAUAAUUUUCCAUAAAAAAUUGCUCCCAAUUAUCAAUUCACUUAUGAAAGCAUGCCUAAAGUGAAUUGCCAUUAUCAUGUUGAUCAGUACAUAACUAUGUUUUGCAGAUGCCAAACUUGCUAAAUGCCCCUAUGUCCACAAUGCGUUAAAAUCCAUUCUCAAGAACAUCAAGCAUACAAUACAUAUGGAGAUUUCGACACUCUUGAGAAUUGUCUGACAGAGGUGUAUCAAUCUGUGGCUUCAAAUUGCAAUAGAUUUGUGGAUGAAAUGGGAUAGUUGAAUAAAGUAACAGCAUUAAACGAAGGGAUCAAUUACUACAUGGACAAAGUCAAACAAGCGAGACAACAAUGCUAUCAAGUCAUUGAUAACUUCUUCAAUACCUUGGAAGCAGAACUGGCCUAAGAAAUAGAGGGAAAUAGAGGAUUUAUGACUAAUCAGUCUUAAAAUUUUAGUAAAUACUUGCAACAAAGAUGGAAGACAUUGAUGAGUCUAUUGGAAAAACUCAACACAGAAAGAUGUGUGAAGACUCUUGUUAAAUAUUACACAUCUAAUCUCCCUUAAGAAAAUGAGGAGUACUAUCAUGAAUCGAAUUAAUUUAUGAAGUAGUUCAAUAAAUGCGUUCCUGAAAUCAUAUUAGAUUAAAGUGCAUUAUAUGAGUUAAACAUUGAUUUGGCAAAGUUUGUCUCUUUGAAAAAAGUGCCAGUUAUGAAAUAAAUAUCUAGAGGUUAUCCUCAAUAUCCUCCCAAUGAACCAAUAUAACCAAUGUAUAAUUAAUUCAUACAGCCAUAACAAAAUCAGACUUUGAUGCCCUUAACUAAUACUGAGCCACCCAUAGAACCUCCAAAAUAGUAUCCAGUGAAAUAAGGAUCAUUUAAAUAGGAACAAAGCCGUCCCAUUUAGCAGGAGAAUACGUAAAUUCAUCCGUAUUUGUUAACUCCUCCGAAAACAAGUAACUUUUAUUAAUGA